AUGGCCACCACCCCCGCAGGUCGUAUGCUGUCCCGACAGCUGCAGCAGAUGCAAGCCGACAACACCCACGGGAUCAGCUGCGGUCUGGUCGAUAGUAAUGUCUUCGAAUGGGAGGUCAUGCUUAUGAUUUCGGAUGACGUGAAGCUUUAUGGCGGUGGUUUCUUUCGGGCUCGUCUCUCCUUUCCUCUGGAGUAUCCUCAUAUGCCGCCGAAGAUGAAAUUCGAACCGUCGCUUUUUCAUCCGAAUAUCUACCCCAGCGGCGAAGUCUGCAUCUCCAUCCUGCACCCCCCCGAGGAAGAUAAAUACGGGUACGAAUCCGCCUCGGAGCGCUGGAGUCCCGUGCAAACGCCCGAGACGAUCCUUCUGUCUGUCAUUUCGAUGCUGUCGAGCCCCAACGACGAGAGCCCGGCUAACGUGGAGGCGGCGCGGCUAUGGAGAGAGGAUCCGAAGGAGUUUAAGAAGCAGGUGAGGAAGUGCGUGAGGGAGAGCCUGGGGGAUGAGUAA